AUAAUCUUUGAUAGCAAAUACAAUAAAUAAUACAAUGUACAAUAUUGUGUAAUAAAUUCUCAUAUAUUCGAAAUUGAAUCAGACUAUUGCUUUAUAUUGAUUGAUAAACGCAAUAAUGGCUAAACUUUCGUCUGGGUUCUUUGGAGAUUUACAUCCCCCAUAUGUAGACCAUUCCUCUGAUAGUAUAUCCAUCAAAAGUUACUUUUAUUCAACUCUCCAACUUUAUUUUGAGUUGGUUGCAGAAAAUGGAGGCGAGUGUUUGAUCGUUUUAGAGGAAAUCAAACGUUAUUUACAAAUGUAUUUACUCAAGAAUUCUGAAGAAAAUUCAGAAAAUGUUCUAAUUCAGCUAAUUGCUUUCAUAUUGAAGAGCAAAACAAAUUAUUCGACUGUGUUGAAUAAAAUGUUGACUAGAUUUCCGAGUAGCAUUAGGAAUGAAUUUAGAGAGAAUAUGGAUUUUCUGUUGAACAAUAUUCCUGUGGAUUUUUUCUCUAGCGAUAACAAACAAUUUAGUAAUGAUUUAGAAGUUGAGAAGGUAAUACCAAAACACGACCCAUUGUUUUCCAUUCCCAUUACUUUCAAAGUAGAAAAGAAGGACACACAUAAUAUAGAAAAUCUAUUUCAAUAUGUAAAGAACAAACCAGAUUCAAAUAAAAUCGAAUCUUCAAAGUAUCCUCUCUUUGAAAGAUAUGAAGCUUAUAGGAGUAAAAUACCAGUUUUUUCAAAAUAUGAAGAAUUUAUGCACUACAUUGUUCAAUCAUUGGAAUCUGAAAAAACAAAAGAGGAGUUGUUUAAUGAUCUUCUAGAUACAUUAGGCUGUGAAGUUUUCGAUUUCAUAACAGAAAUUGUUGAGCAUAGGUAUUUGGAUAUUGAUUUCUCAUCUCCCUUUGAUGAUGAGACUGUUAAAAAAUAUCUGUCCAAGAAAAAUCAAACAAAAAAUACCCCAGCACUUGCUAGUCAAGUAAUAGUUCAAAGUGAGGAAGAGAAAAUGUUAGCUAAGAAAUUAAGAAAAUUGGAGAAAAAGGAUCGAGGAAAAUUGUCUGAAGAUUUGGAGAGUGUAUCCGAAGAUUUAAGAUCAGAACAAAUGCGUCCCAUGUUCAGAACAAUACCAGAGAUAACGGAAAAGUAUCCCCAUGUAUAUGACUCAAAGUUCACUAAAUAUGCCACUAUUCACAAAGGUUCAACAAUAAAAUUACCCGAAAAUGCUGUGCAGAAGAAGAACAACCUUUUUGAUGAAAUCACCAUACCAGCCGAUAAUCUGAAAAAUUAUAAGGACGAUUUUGAAUUGGUUCGAGUCAAAGACUUGGAUGUUACUGGCCAACUCGUUUUCAAAGAUAUUGAAAAAUUCAAUAGGAUACAAUCGGAAGUCUUUCCGGUGGCUUAUAACACAAACGAGAACUUAUUGAUUUGUGCCCCUACUGGAGCGGGGAAAACAAAUAUAGCUUUACUUGCCAUGGUGCAUCAGAUAAAGGCACAUAUGAAAGACAACACAGUACAAAAUUCUAAUUUUAAGAUAAUUUAUGUCAGUCCAAUGAAAGCUUUAGCAACGGAAAUGGUAGCUAAUUUCAGUAAAAAACUUAGUUCCAUAGGUGUGCGUGUUAAAGAAUUGACCGGUGAUAUGCAAUUAACCAAAAAACAAAUUGCUGAAACUCAUGUUAUAGUCAGUACACCUGAAAAAUUCGAUGUUAUCACCAGAAAGGGAGCAGUUGAUACUGAAAUAGCAUCUCAGAUGAAACUGUUAAUUAUUGACGAAGUACAUUUAUUGAAUGGUACCAGAGGACCAGUUAUUGAAACUAUUGUAGCUAGAGUUUUGCGGCAUGUAGUUAGUACACAGAGCAUGAUAAGAAUUGUUGCUUUAUCGGCAACAUUACCAGGGUAUUUAGAUGUUGCAUCUUUCCUACGGGUGAACCCAUACAAAGGUUUAUUCUUCUUCGAUAACAGAUUCAGAUCUGUUCCAUUAUCUCAUACAUAUAUAGGAGUUAAUUCGAAUCCAGACAAUUUAGAGACCAUGAACAAAAUUUGUUACCAACAAAUGAAGAAGUUCAUAAAAAAUGGACAUCAGGUGAUGGUAUUUGUGACUGCGAGAAAUCAGACUGUGUCAACGAUAAAUAGUUUCAUAGCUCAGGCGAGAGAACAGAAUGAAAUGGAAAUGUAUGCUCCUAAAAAAGCGUUCAUCAAUAUGAAGUAUACAUUCAAAAAUUCUUAUCUACAAGAAUUUGUAGCCAAAGGAUUUGGAACACAUCACGCAGGUUUGUGCCGUGGGGACAGAUUAGAAAUUGAAAGCCUCUUCAGAAAUGGUUUUUUGAAAGUUAUAGUCUGUACAGCUACUUUAGCUUGGGGUGUUAAUCUACCAGCACAUGCAGUCCUGAUCAGGGGUACAACUAUGUACGAUCCGCAACAAUCCAAAUUUGUCGACAUGGAUGUACUUGAUGUUCUUCAAAUAUUCGGUAGAGCUGGUAGACCUCAAUAUGACACUUCAGGACAUGCUACCAUAAUUACAUCCCAAGCGAAGAUGCCUUUCUACAUGAACAUGCUGAUGUCCCAAACUCCCAUUGAGAGUAGAUUCUUAGACAAAUUGCCCGAUAAUCUCAAUGGUGAAAUUGUUUUGGGUACUAUCUCAAACGUGAAAGAAGCCUUAGAGUGGUUGCAGAGCAGUUAUCUUUUUUGCCGAUUGAAAAAAAAUCCCUUGAACUACGGCCUAACCCAUGCAGAAAUAGCUGAGGGACUCGAAUACGAUUUCCUUCAAAGGCAACUGGUGACUGCAGCAAAGGUACUGGAAAAAGCUGAGAUGAUCAGAUUCGAUGAAAAAACUGGAGAGUUGAGACCUACCAGUUAUGGUAGGAUCGCCAGUUAUCUUUAUAUAACCCAUGAAACCAUAACCUUAUUCCUGGAAAAAAUGAACAGAAACAUGAUGGACGACGAGAUCUUAUUCUUGAUCAGUAGUGCUGUUGAAUUUCAACAGAUUCAAGUCAGGAACGAUGAGUUGGAGGAGUUGGAUCGUCUAAGGAAGGAAUAUGUAGAGGUUGACAUUAAUUUGGACGUUUCCACUGUGGAAAUGAAAGUUAUGGUGCUUAUUCAAACGUGUAUUUCUAGAGGAUUCAUUCGGUUAUCUUCCCUGGUUUCGGAUAGUGAAUACAUUAUGCAGAAUGUGGUUCGUCUAGCUUCUGCCCUACAUCAGCUAGCCGUGGAAAGGAAUUUCGCGUCUUUAGUUGAAACUACUUUGAUCAUGGCCCAAAUGUUGGAGCAGCGCACUUGGAAUUUCUAUCAUCCGUUGAGCCAAUUCAAGGAUAUGAACUUCAAAGGGAUGGACAUAAUGUCCUCGAUCAACAUUCCCGUAGAAGAGUUGAGACAAAUGCCCGUUAAAGAAGUUGUAGAUUUGGCCAGAAACAGAAACAUGGGUUACCGGAUACAUCAUGCAGCCAAAGCGUUCCCUUUGGUAUCAUUCGAGAUGGUGGUCAAGCCCAUCACUGAAGGGGUGAUAAGGAUCAGACUACUGAUCACUCCGAAUUUCACAUGGGACAAUAGCAUUCAUGGCGGAUGCCAGCAGUAUGUUGCAAUGGUUGAAGACCCGAUGCACGAUAACAUAUAUCACUUUGAAAAGUUUAUUAUAACCGAACGUACUUGUUCUUCUGGGGAACCCAUCGAGUUGUAUUUCACGGUUCCUCUGAUAGCACCUCAUGCGGAGGAGUAUUAUGUGAAGAUAAUCAAUUUUCAUUUCUUACAUACUAAGGUGGAGCAGGUCAUUGAUUUCAACAAUAUAGUACUAUUGCCAAGUCACGGUAUUGAAACGGCAAUACUGAGCCUACACCCCUUACCAAAAACUGCCCUUAGAAAUCCGUUUUUCGAAAGUAUAUAUCCGUUCGAUUAUUUCAACGCUGUUCAGAGUCAAGUUUUCCAUUCUUGCUACAACACAGACACUAAUAUCCUGCUAGGAGCACCGACAGGGUCCGGUAAAACUAUAGUGUCAGAACUGUGCAUUUUGAGAUUAUUCACGAAUCAACCAGGGAGAAAGGUGGUUUAUAUUGCUCCGAUGAAGGCUCUGGUUAGAGAAAGGGUCAAAGACUGGUGUUCGAAGUUCCAGAAACUGAAGAAGAAGGUGGUUGAAAUAACAGGCGACGUCACGCCAAAAUCCGAUCUUAUAACGUCGGCCAAUAUUAUAAUAACAACCCCUGAGAAGUGGGACGGUAUGAGUCGUAAUUGGCACCAGAAAGAUUUCGUUAAGAAUGUUGGAUUGAUGAUAAUCGAUGAGAUACAUCUGCUAGCCGAGGAGAGAGGUCCAGUUCUGGAGGUUAUCGUGUCUCGUAUGAAUUACAUCAAUAGUUUCAGCAAUGGCGCAGUCAGGAUUAUCGGGCUAUCGACUGCCAUGGCGAAUGCUGGGGAUCUGGCCAAUUGGUUGGGUGUAAAAGAAGGAUUGUUCAACUUCAGUUCCAGUGUGCGUCCAGUGCCGCUGGAAAUUCAUAUCACCGGAUUUUCUGGGAAAAACUAUUGUCCAAGAAUGGCGACCAUGAACAGACCAGCUUACCAAGCAAUAUGCCAAUAUGCACCCGAAAGUCCAACCCUGAUAUUCGUGUCGUCGAGGAAGCAAACCCGAAUCACAGCCAAUGAACUGAUCAAGUACUUGAUGGUGGAUAUCAAUGAGAAACAGUGGCGUAGGUGCUCAGAGGAAGAGAUAGAAAUGUACAGGAGUCAGGUGCACGAUAACGACCUGAGCUACAUGUUACAAUUUGGCGUCGCCAUUCACCACGCUGGUUUGCAGGAUAAAGACAGAGAUAUUGUCGAGGAAUUAUUUGUUACCCAGAAAAUACAGGUGUUGAUCGCGACUGCCACAUUAGCUUGGGGAGUGAAUUUCCCCGCCCAUUUGGUGAUAGUCAAGGGUACAGAGUACUUCGACGGUGCUACCAAAAGGUACGUCGAUAUGCCAGUGACCGAUGUUCUUCAGAUGUUAGGUCGAGCAGGUCGACCCCAGUUCGAUAAGAGUGGAGUAGCAUGCGUUUUUGUUGAAGAGAGCAAGAAGAGUUUCUACAAGAAAUUCCUGUUCGAACCGUUUCCAGUUGAAUCGUGCCUGUUGAAAGUGUUACCCGAUCAUGUGAACGCUGAAAUAUCUAAUGGGACCAUAGGCGGAAAGGAACAAUUGAUAGAUUUCAUCUGUUCAACCUUUUUCUUCAGGAGAUUAUUGAUUAAUCCGAGUUACUAUCAAAGAGAGGCCCAGGAUGUUAAAACAUAUUUGAAUGAGUUGGCUGAUUCCGUUGCUAUGACCCUGAGUGAGGCAGGUUGUGUCGAUAUACAGGAUGAGAACCCUUCAGCAAUCAAUUACGAAUCGACAUUCUUAGGACAUUUGGCUGCAAGGUACUAUUUAACAUAUAAAACAAUAGUAUAUUUCGAAAACGUAAUCCAAGAAAAGUCUUCCAUAAAUGAUCUACUUCUAACUAUAUGUCACGCUGAAGAAUAUGCUCUGUUCCCUGUCCGGCAUAACGAAGAUAAAAUCAAUAAGCAAUUAAUGCACGAUUUAAAUGUGAACAUCAACUUGAAUCCCGAUUCUCCCCAUUUGAAGGUUUACCUUCUCAUUUACUGCUACAUAAAUGGGUUUGAAUUUCCUAAUCAAGAAUAUGUGAUUGACUUGAAAUCCGUUUUCGAUCAAAUUAUCAGGAUAAUACAGGCAAUCAUAAGUCUGACGAGUUACAAGGGAUGGUUGGAUUGUACCUUAAAAUUAAUUUAUAUAUCUCAGAUGGUCUUACAAGGAUUGCCCAUUACAUCCUCUAAUUUGUUAAUUCUUCCUUCAAUGAAUGAAAGUAAUGCUAACAAAUUAUCCAUAGAGUUAGCGAAAAAUGUGAAAAAUUGGCCAGCUGGAAGAUCUUUGACCUUAACAAUUCUUCAAGAUUUAUUGAAAAAUUCUAAAAAAUCAUUGAACGAUACCCUCAAAAGCAUUUUUGAUAAUACUGCAGUCAAUCAAAUUUUGAGAAUCAUUCAGCAGAUACCUGAUAUCAGUUUGCAGCUAAUUCUCAAAAACAAGGAUGGUGAAGAUAUUGAUUACAGAGUUUGUGAAGAGCAAAUGACAGUGGAAACAACUCUGCCACCUGAUACGCCUUACUUGAUUAUGGUGAACGUUGAGAGAAGAGGUGGAAACUUGAAUGUUUUCAGUAGGAAUUUCAGUAAACAGAAAGACGAAUCGUGGUUUUAUCUCAUUUCCAAAGAUGGUUACUUGGAGGAUUUCCAAAGAGGCAGUUUUAGGUCGAACAAAUCAUUUCAGAAUCAGCUUAUUACUCCAAGUGCUCGCGGGACUUAUACUUAUGUGAUCCAAUUCAUGAGUGACUGCUACAUCGGACUGGACCAAAAGAUAUUUUUUAAUGUAGUGGUUAGAUGAGCUUUAUCUUAGUUCCUUAUUGAUAUAAAUUGUUUGUAAACAUAAAUAAAGUUUAUUUAUUAUUAUUAUAAUAUUAAUAUUUUAAGUUCCUCUACAAAUAUUAUAUCCAAAUUAAACAUAGGAAUUAAAAUAUAUCAGUAUUCCAAUGCAAGGUAUGAAUAUUUGAGAAUUUGAUUUUGGAAUAACUGAACUGAAGAAUUGAUACAACAUAAAAAAAAUUGCGGGUCAAAAUUAUUUAUGCAUUUAUCAUUAUGUUUGUACUAAGAGAAAUAAAUAUGAAAUUACAUAUUUUUGUAGCUUAUAGGAAUAAACAUUAUUAUUGUUAAGUUAAUACCAAUUUCUGCGACUGUAUUAGAGUUGCUCCAUCUGUGAAAUUUUUUGUAUUCAUUGAACCAUUGUGAAAUCCUGAGAACAAUGUUGACGUUAUUUUUAUAUUCAACUAUUGGGAGUAUAUCUGCUUUUAAUUUAAAGAUAUUUAAUCAGUUGAAAGAUUCCAAUUAUAAUUUUGUAAAUGAAGGACAACGUUGUGAUAAUUUCUAUCCAAGAGCAUUUCAAAAACUUCAGCUCAUGUUAUGCAGAAAAGAAUUGUUGUUUGUGACAUGAAGAUACAAUAGAGAGAAUGUUUGAAGUAAAUGAUCACAAUUAUUGGUAUUUCCAUUCAAAAAGAUUUAUUUGUAACUGCCAAAAAUGUUAGUACUGUGAAGGGUCUCACAUAUACAAGACACAGGCUCUUUGUCACACAAGCAAUGUAAACCCACAUUUGAUUUUUCUUCCUUUUGUUAUUUGUUGUGAAACAGAAAAAAAUUUCUACUCGUUUGUCAGAAGUUUCCGGAAAUAUGACUGUAUUCUCAUCAUUUGAAGUACAAUAUUUGAAAAUAAAACAUCUUUUUUG